GACCUGACUACAAUCCCCGACCCUCGGAGCAGAUCUAUAACGCCCUCGAAUAUGGAUGGCGCUUCCACCCCACAGCAGCAGCACCCGGAGCUGAGCGAUGAGGUCGCGACGUUGAGCUCGAAGCUUGUCCAGGCCAUCAACCACCAGACCACCCUCGACGAUAGCUUGUCCGAAACGCAAGCCGAGCUCGAGAGGGCCCGCGAGCAGAUCAGGUCCAUGGAGGUCCAGCUCGACAAGCAGAGAGAAAUGUUGGUUGGCGACAUCUGGAUUCGGCGAAAGUCGGUUGAGGCUGAGAAGACUAACCUGUUGUCCAGGAUUGCGGAGGAGAAGCGACUGCGCCUGGAGGCCGAGCACGAGAAGAAGCGGAUCGAACAGGAGCUGGAGAACCUGACGACGGAACUGUUCGAGGAGGCCAACAACAUGGUCAUCUCGGCCAAGGAGGAGUCGCGCAAGGAGCAGGACGUCGUCCAGCGCAAGAACGACCUGCUCAAGGCCCAGCUGGCUGACACCGAAGGCCUCCUCAAGUCGCAGCAGGAACAGCUCAUCGAGCUGAAGCGGGUCAUGGAGCAGAUGAAUGCCGACCGGGACGACCAGACCGCCACCACGACCCCGUCCUCGCCGGGCUACAGCAAGUUCGACGCGCGUGAGGAUGAUACCCCCACGUCGGAAAUCGGUUCGCAGUCCGGGUUGUCCGACCUGAUCACGCCCUCCUACCCCACAAGCUUCACCCACCUCCUGCAGCCCAUCCUGCGCACUGAUAUCAACGCCUACCAGGACUUUGCGAACCUCUGCGAGACCUCGAGGAGGGCGGCCAGCCGACCUCCCUCGGGCACCCACCCCACUCUGGGUCUCGGCCUGAUCGGAUCCAGCGUCAGUGCUGCCUCUGUAGGCAUCCACUCAAGCGCUUCCACGGCCUCAUUGUCCUCGGCUGGAUCACCGGCAGCCUCCUCCACGUUCUCGCCGCAGACACCAAACACUCCUGCUUCAGCACACAGCGUUGCCCCGUCAUUGCCGAUACCCCCUCUGAAAGAUACGAAGUUUUACAAGCGGGUGCUGGCAGAGGACAUUGAGCCCACCUUGCGGCUGGACAGUGCACCGGGCCUGUCAUGGUUAGCCCGCCGCUCGGUCAUCGCGGCCAUGUCGGACGGUUCGCUAGUUGUGGAGCCCGUGCCGACAACGGGGACCUACGCCAUGCUCUCGAAACCCCAAUUCUACCCGUGCUCGCUCUGUGGUGAGAGUCGUAAGGACGACCAGUACCUGCGGCGAUACCGGUUCCGGACCAGCGAGAACAGCUCCUCCCAGCGUUACCCUCUCUGCAGGUACUGUCUCAAUCGCGUACGCGCCACCUGUGAUUUCCUUGGGUUCCUGAGGAUCGUCAAGGAUGGACACUGGCGGACGGACGACGAUGAUUCCGAGAAGGCUGCGUGGGAGGAGAGUGUGAGGCUGCGUGAGAACAUGUUCUGGACUCGCAUUGGCGGUGGUGUCCGUCCCAUCAUGCAGGGCUUCCAAGCACACACACACAGCGUUGUUGAGAAGAGCCCCCGUCCGAGCCGGGAC